AACGAGUCAGCAAUUGGUUAACUGAGGGAGCGUCACUAAGAAGAAAAAAGACGAGAAGUGAACAACGAGAGAGCGAGAGAGAGAGAGAGAGAGAGAGAGAAAGAGACAGAGAAUAGAAAGAUAAAGAAAGAAAGAAAAUUAAAAAGGAGAAGGGGAAGUCGAAGGAGAGUGACACAUUUAAGGUUAAGUCGACUCGUGGUACGCGAGACCCCUUCAGUGCUCUGCGAGACAUCUUUUGGUGAGGAGCUCGAAACUCCUCGAUUGUUCUUUUCUUUUUUGUUUGUAUUUUUCUCUUUGUUUUAUUAUUAAACUAAGACUUUAACAAAGUAUUUAUAUACGAUUUUUAAUUUGAUGACGGUUAGAACAAAUUUGCAUCAAAAAAAGAAAGAAAGAAAGAAAGAAAGAAAGAAAAAGAACGAAGAGUGAGAGAAAAAGAAAGAAAAAAGUGGAAACGAUUCAAAGGAAACGGAAGUGACAAGAAAAUGGACGAAAGCGAUCUUCAAUUGGCAAAAGCGAUGGCGAGUUUGGAAGUGGAAGAAAAUACACCGAGUAAAACAAUUGUCUCCAGAAUGCAGGACAAACAGCAAACGUUCAGAUCUGAACAAUGGAAGAAGGAAGAAGGUUUUGGAAGAGGCUCGAUGCUUCGUUACUUUCAAGGAUAUCAAUGAGGCGAGUGUUGGAUUAAAAUCAAACGGUGACGUAAAUGGAUGAUGGAAAUGGUGAAGGAAAAGCCACGAAGACGUAGCGUGAGCGAACUACUCGAUUGGAGAUCCAUUACAGGAUUGAAAGGUGGUGCUGCUAAUUCCGAGAACAAUGAUACGGAUGGAAUGUUUUUUGAGGACUAUGAUAAAAGUCCGGAAACCAGACGAAGAAAACGUUCUGGCACUUGGCCGAGAACGAGAAGCUUAAACGCACCAAGUCCAAUACAACAAUUUGGACCAUGUGGGCGUAUAAUGAAAAACUCGGCCAUGGUCAUGACUAUCCAGGAUCCAGCUUCGCAGAGGUUGACUUGGUACAAACCUCCGCUCACUGUCCUCGUAAUAAAAAAGGUCCGUGAUUCGUCGGUACUACCACCGUUUGUUCAGUUGGUAACAUGGUUGAUAGAAGAAAAACGUAUGGUCGUAUUCGUGGAAGCAACUGUACUUGAAGAUUCGGCUUUGGCUCGAGAUCUAAGAUUUCAAGGGGUUCGAGAUAGAUUACAAACCUUCCGUGAUGGAACCGAUGAUCUACAGGAUAGAAUCGAUUUUAUAAUAUGUUUGGGCGGUGAUGGCACGCUACUUUAUGCCAGUCUUCUCUUCCAACAAUCUGUGCCACCUGUAAUGGCAUUUCAUCUCGGUUCCUUGGGUUUUCUUACACCUUUUGAGUUCGACAAUUUUCAAGAACAAGUUACAAACGUACUUGAAGGUCAUGCGGCCUUGACCCUCCGGAGUCGUUUAAGAUGUAUUAUUAUGCGAAAAGGUGAGGAAGGUCAGCCAGCGAAAUCACCGACGAAUUUGUUGGUGUUGAACGAAGUUGUCGUAGAUCGAGGACCUUCGCCGUAUCUUUCAAACAUCGACCUAUUCAUUGAUGGCAAACAUGUAACUAGCGUUCAGGGUGAUGGCCUGAUCGUUAGUACACCAACCGGAUCUACGGCUUACGCAGUAGCUGCAGGAGCUAGUAUGAUCCAUCCUUCGGUACCUGCGAUCAUGAUUACACCAAUCUGUCCUCAUUCGUUAUCAUUCAGACCAAUUGUUGUACCAGCUGGUGUCGAACUAAAGAUAUCCGUCUCACCAGACAGCAGAAAUACUUCGUGGGUCUCGUUUGACGGUAGAAAUAGACAAGAGCUCUUUCACGGUGACAGUUUACGAGUCACUACAUCUAUAUAUCCUGUACCUAGUAUUUGCGCAGCCGAUCAAAUAACGGAUUGGUUCGAUUCUCUCGCUGAGUGUUUACACUGGAACGUUAGGAAGAGGCAAAAGCACUUGGACGAAUUGAGUGACUUGACUCAUUCAUCUAGCAAUGAUACCCUUGACUCUUUGGAUCGCGAUAGUUAGGCAAAAAUAUGUAUUUUAAAGGUAAAACAAAAUCAGCACAAUUGGUAAUAUCAAACAAGUCCAAAAGAUUUUGUGUGAGUGCCUCAAAAGUGAUAAAAACAUGGAAGUUAAUCUAUAUACUGGAUAACGGAUUUUGUUCUAUAUCAUCGUGAGAAAUCAUUAGAACUUCUUAUACCAGUUGAAAUCUAUUAUUAAUAGAUAUUUUAUUAUCAAGGAUAAAACGUACUUACGUUGGAAGAUAGAAAUCAUAGUUUUUGUUUGGCUAUUCUCUCUUUUUUUUUGUUUUUAUCCUAGACUGACUAUGUAUAUCUAAGAUUGAAGUGUUUCUGUUUUCAAACGUUAUAUCAACGUUGCUUUAUAAAGCAAUGACGAUAAACCAGAAACCGUUAUUCGAAUUUUAUAUUAUAUCUAAAAUGACUGAAAUAAACGAAGCUGGAUUGCACACAACAUCAUAUGAUACCAUUAAUACACAAAUGAAGAUGACACUCAACAGUUGUACUAGUUCCAAUUACGUUUAAACAUCAAUGUUUAUUGCGAACUUACCAAAAUAAUUGGAAAUAUGAUGAGAAUCAUCGGAAUUUGAUUAAAAAGAAAAAUUGAAUAUGAUUGAGGAAUAAUUCUAACUGUAAUUUCAUUGAUUACGUACACUUAAGAUGAUCAUGUUCUUUGGAUUGUUUAUAAUUAAAGAUAAUCUUUGUUAAAUAUAGUGAAUGAUAGAAUUAUAUUUAGUGUCAUCUGGUGGGGAAAAUUUUCAAUUAAAGUUGUUGUUCUUUAAGAGUUAGUUUGGUAAUCGACAGAUAACGCUAAAUAUUAAUUCUUUAUCAAUCGUUGACGAUUCGUAUCAUGUACUAUUGUAGUCAAGAUCUUAAAUGUAAUCAAUGAAAUCAUAUAAAAUCUCACUUGAUUUAAUCAUAAACAUUUGCUUUUGUUUUUAAUAUUAAAUAUUUAUAAUAAUAUUGUAAUAUUAAAUUUGUAUAAAUAAUUUUUCUCUCUGUCUAAAGUCAAAUAACUCUUUAUAGAAAUUCGAGAAUCAUUUAUUCAUCAUUAACGUUAUUUAUAAAAUCUUCGUGUAUUUAAUUUCUUCCUUUUUUUUUUUUCAUGAGCCAGUUUACCAAAACGAUUUCAAUUUUUUUAUUUUUUAUUUUUUAUUUCAAUAUAUUUAAAAUUAAUACUUUUUAUUUCUCGUUCGUAAUACAGCAAAUAUUUUAUUUCUUUCGUUUUAAUUAAUAGACGAAAAAAUAGGCGAUAGAUUCGCUCAUAAUAAGGAUCGUCGAGAUUUAUAAUUAAAUUCUCGUAAGAAAAGAAAAGUAUUAUAAUAUUAUUUAUUUGUAAUUAAUUCAUUAUUAUUAUGUUUCAAACGUAAUUGUGCUCAAUUAAAAUUCUCAUUCUUUUUCUUUUUUUUUUUUUUUUCUUUUUUCAUCCUUUUCUUUCUGUCAUUCCACGUUGCAUUUCCAGCUUUCGUCGAUUGUCGAUGCAAAUUUUGAGAUCCAUUUCGUCGGACUUAAAAUGACUAUACGUUAGAAAAUGACGAUCAAAGCGUAAAAAAGUACGUUUAAUCCAUGUGAGAGAGAGAGAGAGAGAAAGAGAGAGAGAGAGAGAGAGAGAGAGAGAGAGAGAGAAAGAGAGAGAGAGAGAGAGAUGGUACAUGAGCUAGAAUAAAUUAAUUUGUUAAUGUUAAUAACAAACUUUUCCUAUGAAUGUAAGUCUUUUUAAUAAAACCAUCUUUUGUACAGAAAGUCUUAACUACCUUUCGAUAGGAAUCUUCCAAGACACUUAGAAAAAUGAUUUCUUAUAAUAAUCAAAUGUGUAAAUAUAAUACACAAAAGAAAAAAAAAAAUAAUAAUAUACCGGGACAAAAACAAAUUUGACUUAUAGUACCUACAUUUUUUGUUUAUUUAUUUCUACGCGAUGGGACACUGUGAAAUCUACAGUAUGUACAGAUGAGAGUUUCGUAAACGCAACGAAUAUCUUAUUAACGUUAAUCUUAAACAAAUAAGUAAUAGGAUGUCCAUGAGAAGAUACAAAGUAUUGAAAUACCAGGAUUAAUAAAAAACAAAAUAGUAAGAAAAAACAAAAAUAAAAAAAGAACAAAAACAAAAAAAAAUUAACUUUAAAAAAUCUAAUAAUAACGAGAGCUUAAGAAUUCGUCUAAUCGUAACACGAAAUUUGUUCGAUUAAAACAAGUUAACACAACUCUCAUAAACAUUAUACAUAUAUAUAUAUAUAUUUAUAUAUAUAUAUGUCUACUUUUACAUUUACAUUUGGUUAUAUCAGUCAUAGGUAUACGAUGACUUAACAAGAUGAACGCGUAAAAUUAUAAAAUCAUAAAGAACUAAUUAAAAUACUAAAAGCAAUAUUUACAUUGUCUCGUUAAAUCAUAUAAUAAAAUCUACUAAAAUUCAAAUAAAAGAAAGAUGGAUAUAAGAUAUAAACUUUUAACAUGUAUCUAUCUAAUUCGUAUUUAAAUAUACACUCUUCUUCUUAAAUAUAGUAUCUUAGAAAAAGACAGUCUAUAAAUGGGUUGCGUCUAUCUGAAUCGGACGCGAACAUAAUUUUUAGUUUUCUUUUUCUUUUUCUCCUCUUUUUUUUCUUUUCUUUUUUUUUUUUUCUUUUCUCCGUUUUUCUUCUUCCCUUCUAUACAGCUUAAUCACUAUCGGCACGUCAGUCUCAUACAAUUUCAUUCAAGCUCUAAACUCGUAUCAAAAAAUAUAUAUCUUAAAUCGAUGGAAAACCUAAUGAGAUAUAUAUAUAUAUAUAUAUAUAUAUAUAUAUAUAUAUAUAUAUAUAUAGUUCUUCUAUGAAUCGAACUUAAUCAUUUACAAAAAUAUGAAAUAUAGAGUUGGCGGAGUGAGUAGUUUCAACGAGAAAACGUAUACGUUUGUUUUAACACGAUUUUUCGUUGUCCCGUCCCUCCUUCUCCUCCUUUUCCCUCUCCUUCUCUUCCUCUUUCUCCACCUUCUUUUCUUCUUGAACCAUCGUAAUCAUCAACCCUGGCUACUCGCCGGCACCUUUAGUGCCUGCAAUUCACGUACGUGACCGUUUCGCCGUUUACGACGCGAACGUAACGAGUACAGGCUCGGACGAAAAGUGCAGGUAAGUGGUGGUCUGUAAAAAAAUAAAAGAAAAGCCCAAUUACAUUUGUAAGUCGAAGGGAGCCUGGGAGAGAAGAAGAAAAAGAAGAAGAAGAAGUUCGGUGUUUUAAAAAUAAAAAGAAAAAAAGAAAAGAGGAAAAGAAGUAUAUAUAAAAAAAAAAAGAAAAUAAAAGAAAUGCUUAUUUCGAACCAGCAGAGAACAUGAAAAUUUACAUAUGUAUGUGUAUGUAUAUAUAUAUAUAUAUAUAUAUAUAUAUAUAUAUAUAUAUGUAUGUAUAUGUAAGUGCAUAUUACACGAGACAUGCAGAUGAAAAACGAUGAAACAGAACAUCGAAACGAUCCUUUUUCUUCCUUCGAUCGAUACCACGAUAGAAAGAGAGAAAAGGAAAGGAAAAAUCGAUUAAAUGGUUAUUGGCACACGUCGUUAAUUAUCAGAUGAAAAAUCUCACAGGCAAAGAAACAGAAAGAGAAAAGUAAAGAAUUAAAGCAAGAUAAAGAAAAAGAAGAAGAAGAAGAGGAAAAAGAAAUAGAAGAAGAAGAAGAAAAAAAAAUAGAAGAAGAAAAAGAAAUAGAAGAAGAAGAAGAAGAAAUAGAAGAAGAAGAAGUAGAAAAGAGAGAGAAAAAAAAUGCUGGAGUUAGUACUGUUAGGUCACACACUCACAUGCCUUCUGAUCGUCGUCGCCGUUCGAGCAAGACGGCUCCUGAAUGUAAAGGGCCGGUUUGAGCGGUCGACCAUCCUGAUCCUCCACCUGAAUUACCAGCCCGUGAUUGCCGCCGUUACCAUGUGGAUUUCUUGGAUUUAGCCUCCAAAAUCUGAGUCCUUGUCGUACGUCUAAUGCCAAGUGUGUACCCUCGUUCGUCAAUGGCGUCACCAAAGAGUCCAUCAAGCGUUUCUUUGCUACGAUAAGUUUGAAGGAUUGAGGCUCGUUGUAUCUUUUUUUAAAUGAGGGGUGAGGAAAAGGGGGAAUUUUUUCGAUACGAAGAAGAAAGAAAGAAUGUAAACAAAAAGUAAGAAGUAACCGUGACCGGUCCCUCACCUCGAUGCUUUCUCAACGUUUUCGUGUAAUAGUAAACUGAUAUUCUGAUCUUCUUCUCGUCCUCCUCUUCUUGUUCGUCAACGACACUACCACUCAUACUUGGUAAAGACGACGUAAGAUUCUCUUGCGGUAACUUGUAGAUCCUUAAUUUCGCAGCGACCACGUGCUCGCCCGACGUCAGAUUCAAUUGAAAGUGCAUGUUCAUCGAGAACGGGUCGGCCCAAGCUUCCUGAUCCGUGUUACGCGGCGUUUGACCUGUCACACGUUAACGAAUUUCCCCAUUGGCGAGACUGAAAUAUAUAUCCUCUUCGUUCUCGAGACGAUUAGAUGAGCGAUUAGAUUACUCACACGUAGGCGAGAACAUGGUUAGCCUUUCGCGUUGAACCUUAUUCGCGUUCGAGCUUAGGUUGAACCUUCCUGUUAGUGCCAGUACUCUUGAUUUUAUAUCUUCGAUCGCUUUCUGGCCUUGACUAUUAAAGAAAAAUAUAUUUCUCGUUAAAACGAAUAUUGAUAUUAGAAAAAAAAAAAAAAAUAUUAGGAAAAAGGAGAAGAGCAUGAGAUCGAACGAGAGAAUGGGAAUGGCAUGCCAAGCAUUUUUCUGAACAGCAAGAAGCAGCAGCUAAACAAAUUUCAUAACAACAUAUUAAUAUUAUUUCGUUACAUUUAUUAAAUAAUAUAAUAUGAAUAUAAACUAAUAUAAACAUUAUCAUUAUAUAUGACAUUUGUUAAUUCGUAUUGUAGAUACUAGUCUUUAACAAAAAUUGAUAUUAUCAAAAUAUUAUCACAGUUCUUUGUCGAUUAAAAAAUCAUGCACACUGAUACAAAUCUUUCGAUUAUUUAUCGACUUAAAAAAAGAAAAAACAAAAGUAAAGAAAGAAAAUAGGAAUAAUCAAACUCGAUCGGUAUCAUAAAAGCAUUUAUCUAUGAGAGGAGAAUAUCGGAUGAUUAAAACUAAGAUUCUCAUUAGUCGAAAAAAAAAGAAAUAAAAAAAAACAAAAAAACAAAAAAGAAAA